AGGCUUUCGCCCUGUUCGCUCCCUGCUGUUCGCGGCGCCCCUCGGCCGAGGGUGUUCGCUGCGGCGCCCUCGCUCCGGGCCAGCGGAGGCCUCUUCGGCGGCGGCGGCAAGCGGCGGCCGAGUACGCUGAGGUUUUAUCUCAAGAACGCCUCUUCAAAGACUCUAAGGAUGAGUGCAGAAGAAGGCCCAACAGGGGUUCGCCAGAAUUUGGUGGAUGAAGCUGCAAAAUUCCUGAUGAAUCCAAGUGUGGUUGGUCACAGUGCAGAUAAAAAGAAAGCUUUCUUAAGGAAGAAGGGCUUGAGUGAAGCAGAAAUUGAUGCAGCUUUUGGGAAAGUCCAAGUUCCUGGUGUCAGUCCAGUAGGAGCUGUGGUGUCAUCACAAAUCUCUCAGUUACCUGUCCCUGCAUAUGCAGUACACCAGCCCCCGACACUUUGGGUGAAAGUACGGGACAUUUGCAACUUCGUGUUCAUCUUGACUGGGGCAUCAUAUGGAGUCUUCUAUUUGUAUAAGAAAUACCUUGGACCCCUUUUGACGGGAAGAAGAGAGAAAACAGUCGAAGAGAGCAUGAUUGAACUGCAGCAGUCAGUGGUUUCUGUUCUAAAGGAAGUUCAGACGACUCUAGCUUCUCUCGAGCAGACAUUGAGUGCUCAGAGCUUAAGGAUCCAGGCGCUGAACACCAAGGAAGAUAAUCAAGUAGUGACACCAAGACAGAUUGAGGAACUGAGAGCAGAAGUAACUUCAUUGAAAGGCCUCCUUAUCAAUAGGCGGACAUUUCCAUCCACCCCGAGCAUGUCCCCCGCGAUCCCCUCAUGGCAGCGGAGCAAGUCGACGGAGAAAGCUGUGGAAACCCCUAUUAACCCUUCUGUCAGCUUGUCCAACCAGGUUCAAGUUACAGAAGUAGAUCCAACGGAAGGGUCAACCCAAAGUCUAGAAGAAUCAAACCAAUCUUCACGAGGUGAGCUUGUCAGUGCCAGUGAAGUUGUUGACUCAGAGAAUGGAAUAAGCAGAGAAGACAGUUUCUCCCUUGCCAGUGCUGAGAAUGGGGGCAGUGCUGACUCACUCCCUGACUCCACAGAUGAAAUGAUGUUGGAGGGGGUAGAACCCAGGAAUAGGUGGAGAGAGGUGGUAAGAAGUGGGUGUUUGACGAUGCUGCUUGCACGGGACUCCUACCUAUGCAAGGAAAGACACUCCUGGAGCAAUAUUCUAUGAUCAGACAGCAGUAUUUGAUAGCCUUUUUGUUAUUUUUUUGCUGAGUGCUGUGUUCAUUUGAAUAUUAACAGUCUUUGCAAAAAUAAUAAUUCAUAAUUUGAGAGUGUAGUAACUACUUAAACUCCUAGUGAUGCUCAAUAUUUCAAUAUAUGGUUGAGUUAGAUUCACAGCCUAUAACAUAUAUCUUUUUAAACUAUUAUAUUUGUGUUUAUUAUGGUAAUUGUAAUAUGUUGCUGUAACCUGGAAUAGUAUUUUUCACCUUUAGCAUUAUUAAGUGUAAGUUCAGUGGCUGAGUGGGCCAAGUGCCCAAGCACUGAUGUAGGGUUCAGGGGUUUGAUGCUUUCUGGUUACGGGAGUGAAUUGUGGGAUAACCUAUUGGACCAAUAGGUCGUGGCUGUAUAUCAUCCAGUGCAUGUCCAACUUUUUACUAUUCUAUUACCAAUAUUAACUCUAUCAGGGGAAAGUGUCAAUUAGCCUAAAGGAAUGUUUUGGCUUUUCAAGUUGUAAUUGUGAGUUAAUCUGUUUAAUAAAAAAAAAAACAAAAAAAAACAAUACCAUUUAUAUACAUUAGGCAAGACUUAGAUCACAUCUAUGAUAUUUUGCAUUAAAUGAUUUUAUAUGUUAUGUAUUCCUCUUUAAAAACUCAUUGUAAAUUCCAGAGAUAAGACUAAUAUUCAAGCAAAUACAGUAUUGCAGCUGAUUAUGAAAAUAGAAUGACACAAAUAGUUGUUGAUAUUUUUAUGUACAUGGUUGAAGUUAAGGGUCAUACCUAUAUUAGUUAUCCUAGUUGUUAUGUCAGAUAGAAAUAGAGUGACAUAUUUUGUGUUGUGUAAACAGUAUGGACAAAAUGUAUAUGCUUGUGUAAAAACUACAUUUGUCUCUUAACCUUUAAGACACAUUUUGUUGAGUACAAACUUGUUCAAUUUUCCAUUUGUUCUUCUUUACAAGCCUUCUUUGAUGUUAAAAUUAUGCUCAUGUGUUUAUAAGGCUUUAUAGAUUUGCUGACCAUUAAAUUAUAGCAAGGAUUGCUUAAGUAAAAUCAGGAGAUAAGUGAAGAGCCAAAGUUAUUUUUGUAUGAUUUACAUUUUUGUAGAUAUUCAUUUAUCUCUCUUGAUCAGAAUUAAGCUUUCUGCUUUCCUCUUUUUGUGAAUGUCAUUACUAUUUCAGUUGUCAGAAUAAAGGCAAUCUAGACUACUUCUUUAUAUAUAAAUAGUUGCCAUACUAUAGACAUCUUUGAUAUAGCCUGUAAAAAAAUUAAGAUUGCAGUAGGUGUCCAAACAAACUUGUUUUGUGUGAUGUGGUACUUUAGGCAAUAAUUCUUAAGCUUGUGAGAAAAACAAUGCCAGGAUGAGUUGACAAUAUUUGAGUAUGCUUUUGGUGUGCAGGAUAGAACUGCAUGCUUGGAUAUAAUUGUUUUGAGUUUAACUCUUCCUAAAAGGAAAAAGAAGUGUAACAAUAAGUACAUGUUUUUCAGGUAGAAAAUCCAAUUAUUGAAACUGAUAUGUCUCACAAAGUUACGUCUCAUGUUGGAAGGUAAAACAGCAUAUGCAUAUGUUAAUAAUUGCACUUGAAAUAACAGAAUCAAAAGGAUAGAAUGAAAGGUAAUUGAAGUCAUCAGUACCAUCUGCAGGAAGUAGUCGUUAUAGAAUUUUUUUUUUCUAUGAAAUAUAUGAUUUUGUAUUCAGUGCUUUUAUGCUUGUUGAUUCUGUUCAUUCUUUUUGGCUUAAAUCUUUGAGACAUAGAAAUUGUAUGACAAUACAUUUGUUAAAAUUUUCUUGUAAUAACUUCACCACUAAUGAAUUGACUAUCUAACUGCAAAGUUGAAAGUGAGUCAUAACAAGUUACGAAAGGAA